AUGAUUAAGCAAAUUAUUUUAUUACUAGCGCUAAUUUCUUCAGUGCAUCUAAGCGUAAUUCCCUUGGACGGACUGGUGCUAUUUAGACGAGCUGACUGGCGCCCAACGACACAGCAUUUGUUGAAAGUUGUGUUUAGUCAAAUUGCAUUUUUUAUCGGCAUCGACAUGUUUAAGCAAGUUAUUUUAUUGUUUGUGUUAAUUUCUUCGGUGCAUCUAUUACAAUUGAAUAACCCGUGGCUUCAUAGACGACUUUCAGAUGACCAGAGCUGUGUACCAAAUACGGUUAUCAAAGUUUCUUGUAAUAUAUGCCACUGCUCCCCAGAUGGUAGAAUUGUUGGAUGUAAGCCUGUGCUAUGCAAUGAUGAUGUAUAUUUUCCCUCGAGAGGC